AUGUUUGGGAUUCUAGGGCUUAUUAACGCCGCCAUGGGAAAAAGGCAGAAGAGAUUAGUCCCCAGCCCAAGCAAGUCCCUCGGAGAAUACUCCAAGGAGAUCCCAGUUGAUCUCUUGAUCGACGUAUUCUCAAGAUUGCCACUGAAAGACGUUGCGAGCUGUCGUUGCGUGUCGAAGCUUUGGUCUUCCAUACUGCGUUGUCCAGAAUUCACCCAACUGUUCCUGAAAAUAUCAACGGUUCGGCCGCGUAUCUUGUUCACCUUCUUAUACAACGAUAAGCGGAUCUUUUACUCUAUGCCUCAGGAUCUAAAUCCAAACCGCAACUACUCCUCUCCUAUAUCUCCCUAUUACCAGAUGCAGUUCCCUAAAGGUUUGGGUUCUUGCGAAGAUAUGUGUCCAUCUAUACUUGGUUUGAUUUGUAACAAAUCUAAGAAGCCGAUGAUAUGUAACCCUAGCACAGGAGAGUACAUAUCUUUACCCCUAGCCAAAACCAAGAGGAAUCAGAUGAGACCCUAUUUCGGGUAUGAUCCUAUCGACAAAAUCUUCAAGGUAUUGUGUGUAUCUGAUGAUUACGUGUAUCGAGUUUCAACAUUAGGAACGGGAGUAGGGACCUGGAAAAAGGUCGAGUGUUCGAUACCCCAUCAACCUUUACAUACUGAGAUAUGCAUCGAUGGGGUAUUGUACUACUUAGCUGAGCGUUUGGGCAAUGGAACUCCAAGCCGUUAUAUGCUAGUAUGCUUUGAUGUUAAAUUGGAGAGAUUCAAGUUUCUAGUUGUUGAUUUACUGAUUUUGUCUUCAGCUCUCAUAAACUACCAAGGUAAACUGGGCAUAUUGUUGCCAAAUCAGGGUAGUAUCAAUAAAAGGACAGAAAGUUUUGAGCUGCGGGUUCUAGAGAAUUCUGAUGAAGUCAAAUGGUCGAAGACUGUUUACGUAUUGCCAUCCUAUUGGAACGAUCUGGUUGCGUAUAACAACCUUAGAUUUGUCGGGAUGACGAGUGCAGGUGUAAUUGUGUUGUCGACAUACCAACUACUGAAACCUUUCUACCUGUUCUACUAUAAUACAGUGAAAAAUACUGUGGUCAGAGUUGAAAUCGAAUUCGGAUCAGAGUUCUACUGUAAUUGCCCAAAUGUUGUUACAUUUAUAAACCAUGUAGAGAAUGUAGAGCUUAUGGAUUAG